CUUUAAACAAUGAGCCUCGGGAAGCUGAAAGUUUUUUAAGAAUUAGAGAUUAUAAUUUCAUGAACAUAUGUUUUCCUUUGAUAUAUUAAGAAAAAAAGAAAAAUCAGAGAACCGCUACAAUAUUCUAACCCACUUCGAUUUGGCGCCUAAUUCCACCGUCCGAAGCGCCGGUGUUCGCUUUUGCAGAUAGCACAAUAGAGACUCAGAUAUGGAGCCUACUGAGAGUGUGUGCGCGAUUUCUGGACAAACAGUUGAAGUUAGAAAUAGAAAGACGAUAAAUGAUGAGAAAUUGGGGAUGGCCUUCUCGUUGAAUCAAUCAUGUGAUGGAUUUUCAAAUACAACAGCAAAAAAGAGGAGGAAAGGGAGAAGAAAAAAGAAUAGGGCUCUGAGCUGUGAUAAUAAUGUUUCUACUGAAGCAAAAAUCAGUAAUGAUGAUAUGCAGGAUGUAUGUAUGGAUGGGGAGCAUAAUAAUAAUGGGAAAAAGAGGAGGAAAGCGAGAAGAAAAAGGAAUAGGGCUCUGAGUUGUGAUAAUUAUGUUUCUACUGAAGCAAAACCCAGUAAUGAUAAUAUGCAGGAUGUAUGUAUCUAUGGUAUCAGUAAUGAUGUUAUGCAGGAUAUAUGUAUGGAUAUGGAGCAGAAUAAUAAAGGAAAAAAGAGGAGAAAAAUGAAAAGGAAGAAGCAGAGAGAGAAUUAUUGUGACAUUAAGGGGCCUGAAGAGGAAGCUAAGAUGGCAAGCUGUUCUCCACAUUUCAAGAAUGUGCCUGACUGUGAGGAGAAUGUAAGUAGUAAAUCCGUCAAAGCUACGUCUGAUUUGUAUAUCAAGAGUGAGGGCUUAGCUACUUUGGAAAUGGAUCAGAGGAGUAAUAAAAGGAAGAGAUCGACAAAUGCUAAACGUGCUGAUGAUGAGAAAGGGCCUGACUGUGAGGAGAAUAAAUCCGUUGAAGCUAUUAAUUCUGAUUUGUGCGUGAAGCCUAUAAAGACUGAGUGUGUGGAUGUUACUUUGGAAAUGCAUCGGAAGAGUAACAAAAGGAAGAAAAAGAGAAAUGUUAAACGUGGUAUCUCUGAUGCGAAAGCAGGAAGCGAACUUGGUUCUACUUAUGAAACAGAUGCAAAUCCAGAUGAGAGGGAAAUGGAUGUGAACCCCGUCCUGAAUGGUCCUCCUAAUACCAACUGGGAAGAGAUGACAAGCAAAGAUAUUAAUGAGAAGGAUAUUAAACAAUCUGGUGAUUUGGAUGAGGGAUGUAUUACUGUUGCUUUGUUGCCUGUAAAUCGUGGUGAUAAUGUUGUAGCUAAUAGUAUUGAUGAUCUCUUUUCGCAGUUUGCAUACAAAGGUGGAAACUUUAGUUCUGUUAAAACGAGAACUAAAGAUGACAAGAAUGCCCUUGAGUCACAAGUUUGUAGUCCUUUCUCUCAUAGGAUGAAAACAAUCCAAAAGGCUUCGAUAUCUGGCUCUAUGACUGGAACUGAGUGUCAUUUGUCACUUCUUGGGAAAGAAGGUAGCGUACCCUGCAUAUCUCAGAAUCUGAUGGAUGAAACAAUGACUGAGACAAAAAGAGUUUGUGUUUCAAAUUGUGACAAGGUAAAUGAUGUUUGUGUUGAACAGAAAGUACGAGUUGUUUCCCCCUACUUUGUGAGCUCAGAGAACAUAGAAACUGAAAUAAAGAAAGGAAGGUCCCUAAAACGUGUGACGAAAAGAAAUGGAAAACGUAACAAAAAGUCAGAAGCCAAAGUUCGAGUUAUUUCCCCCUACUUUGUUAACUCAGAAGUGGGAGAAGAAAUAAAGGUAGGGAAGGACAGACCAAACUCGCCUUCAAAGAGCUGCAUCACUGGAAAAAAGGUUUCUCCCUACUUUCUUAAUGCACAUCGUAAAAAAGCGAAUGCAGUGAUCAGCAUGGUAGGAGGUGGAACAGACUCAAAAAACCCAAAACCUUGUCUCUCGGAGAAUGGAGAAACUGAAAUGAAGAAAGGAAAGACUCUAAAACGUGUGAGGGAAAAAGAUGAAAAAACUGACAAAAAAUCACAAGCCAAAGUUCGAGUGGUUUCACCUUACUUUGCUAACUCAGAAGUAGGAGAAGAAAUAAAGGUAGGGAAGGAUGGACCAAACUCACCCUCAAAGAAGUGCGUCACUGGGAGAAAGAUUUCUCCGUACUUCCAUAAUGCACAUUGUGAAAAAGAGAAUGCAGUGAUCAGCACGGUAGGAGGUGGAACAGACUCAAAAAAGCGGAAAAAUUAUCUCUCUGCUGCUCAGAAGAGAGACAAGGCCUAUUUAAGGAGGACUGAAGAUAACACAUGGGUACCUCCCCGAUCCCAUUUUAGUCUCCUGCAAGAAGACCAUGCUCAUGAUCCUUGGAGGGUGUUGGUUAUCUGUAUGCUUCUAAAUUGCACCACUGGCUUGCAGGUUCGCAGAGUCUUAUCGGAGCUUUUCACUCUCUGCCCAAAUGCAAUGGCUGCUACGGAGGUUGCUCCGGAGGAUAUUGAAAAGUUGAUACAGCCUUUAGGAAUAUAUAGGAAGAGAACACGGAUGAUUCAACGACUCUCUCAAGAAUAUUUGGGAGAAGGUUGGACUCAUGUGACGCAGCUGCAUGGUAUUGGCAAGUAUGCAGCUGAUGCAUAUGCAAUAUUUUGUACGGGCAAGUGGGAUCAAGUAACUCCAGAUGAUCAUAUGCUAAAUAAAUACUGGGAUUUCCUCCAUGAACUUUACGGAUAUGGCUCUGCCUGAGGGUAUUAAUGAACUAUAAGUUAAUAGCAAAAAGCCCGAUAUAGUUAUGGACAGUAGGUCGCAGUAGUAGGUGUGGCACAUUUUGGGGGUCAGUUACAUCUUUUUGGUAGAUGAACCUCUUGAAUUUUUACUCCUAUAUUAGAUGACAAAGGGUGGGACGGGCAAUGUGGAGAUUCUAAUUUUUUAGAUGUUGUUCAAUGCGAUUUUUGGGACCUCGUUUUUAAGUGACAAAAAAAACCCAGCCUACAUUCUAUUGAAUGACUUUCUUGUGAGUUUUUCUUUC